UGGGUUUCUGAAUAUUCCUCUUAAGAUCAUUCUGAAUUUGAAAAAAAAGAAAACGUUAUUUUUCAAAACGGAAUAAGGUUCCGAAAUGCGUCUAACACAAUCGAAAAGGUCUUUUCUAAAACGCUAGAGAGUUUUCUACCUUUCGAAAACCGAAGGGUUUUAUAGGAAAUAAUUCAAACACCCGAAAAGGUAUUUUCGAAAACCGACAAACGAAUAUCCUGAUAUGUUUUAGGUUUUGGAAAAUGUUUGGGAAAAAAAGAGUUUUAUAUAAUACCUUGUUCGGUGAAAAACCACCUUCUGCCACUUCGGCAGUAUCUAAUCUCGAGCAAUUUCGAACUUGUGAAGUAAACUUACAAAAUAUUUUGCAUGUUAAUAAAAUCAAUUUUAUCUCGUUUUCAUAAUCGUAGGUAUGGUAUUUAGACAAACAAUCAAUCGAAGAUAUUUAUUCAACAGUAUUAAAGAAACGGUGGAGUCGAUUACAUACUGCUAUUCCUGGUCUUCGUCAAUUUCAUCAUUUCGAACCGAUUACCAUAGGUGAAGUGAAAUGCAAAAUCGUUUCGAAUCUAUCAACAUCAACAUCAUUCAAAAUGUUGCAGUUUAUCAAAAGGAAAACAAUCACUCCUAUUUAUUCGAUACAUGUUUAAAAAGCUGGUGACUAUGAUGUUGUUGUUUACAAUGGUAAAUGGUGGUUAGCCAAAAUGAAUAGUUUCGAUAAGUCUUUAGGGAGCGUUGGAGCUUCUAUGGACCAAGAAUAAUAUUUCCAUCCAUGAUGACACCAAGAAUAAUCAAUCCAACAGAUGUUAUUUGGGUACUCAAUUCAUUACCGAAAACGACACCAAGAACUAUUUCCAUUACAAUUUCUCAAUUGAACGACAUUGAAACACUUUACGAAGAUAGUCAUCAAUGA